GCUCCCUUAGAGUGCACCAAGGUUGAGAUUUGAGUGAUCAGGAGAUAGAAAUGUUUGCACUGAUUGACUUGAUACAAGGAGAUUGAUUGACUGGCUGAGUGCAACUGUUUAAAAUGAUGUAGUGACUAAAAUGAGCUGUCAGGGAUACUCACUUUGAUCUCCUCAUCUUCCAAGGUAUUCAUUUCCUUCCCACAGUCCCCGAGGCUCAGGUUAACUGGAUGUUGUCCCUUCUCUGUGGGGGUGACUGUGCUUCUCUGUCUUCGUGUUAACCCUGCUAAAGGCUGGCAGCUUCUUCAGGGUAUUUUUCCCCCAGUGCAUGCAAGUUUCCUCAGAGAAUAGACAAAAAGUGCCCUCAAAGUUGAACCAUGUCUGAAUAGAGUAAUUGAUAACCCCCACACACUGAGUUUCUAGAGCCCCACAAGGUGUAAAUAUAUUAAGCAUUAAGGACAUAAAGCUGUACGACCACAGCACCUCAGCGAUUUUAUUUUCGUCACACACCAGAAUUAUAUACCAUAGUUUCUCUUAUACAGUAUGUUCACAGAGAAAUGGCCCUUCCUCGUGAAUUAUGAACUGAGUUCAUGUGCUAUUAAUAUGACAUCGUGGAUUUAGAGCAAGGAAUAAAAAUGAUGUAAUGACCUGGAUUUUUGAAAUGUGCCACAGAUGUUUGCAGAGAUUGCCUAAAACACUCCAUAUGGGCACACUCACUUGAGCUUACGCUAAUUGUGUGAACUGCAUGAAGAAAAGAGCUUAAUGGAUUUUCUCCACUGGAUACAAAUGAUAAAAUUAUAGAUAAAAGCAGAUGCCUUCAAUACCAAUUUUGUAUAGAAUUUGCUGAAGUGAAUAAUAAUGUUAAAGAUGUCUGACCAGGGCAGGUUUUACAUUUAGCAUUAAGGAGCAUAACAAUGAGCCAUGCUGAAUUGAUGCCAUCCAGUGGCUAUAGAUGGAACUGGAAUAAUAUUUUUCUUCCCUUCUUUUUUCCUCCCCAGGAGAUCAUCCUGAAAAAUGACAAACCUGAGCACUCUCGUCAUGGUUGGACACUAAACACAAGACGACCAUGGAAGGAGACAGUGUACUGAACUCCAGUGUAAACACUACAAUGGGCAUCCACCUGGUCACUCACAGCCUCUGGGAGGUGAUCACCAUUGCGACCGUGUCGGCUAUCGUCAGCCUCAUCACCAUUGUGGGGAAUGUCUUGGUGAUGCUCUCCUUCAAAGUUAACAGCCAGCUGAAGACAGUGAAUAAUUACUACCUGCUGAGUCUGGCGGCUGCUGACCUCAUCAUCGGUGUUUUCUCCAUGAACCUGUAUACCUCUUAUAUUCUGAUGGGCUACUGGGCCUUAGGGAACCUCGCCUGUGACCUGUGGCUGGCGUUGGACUAUGUCGCCAGUAACGCUUCAGUCAUGAACCUGCUGGUGAUCAGUUUUGACAGAUAUUUUUCCAUCACCAGACCUCUCACGUACAGGGCCAAACGGACUCCCAGACGGGCUGGGAUCAUGAUAGGUUUGGCCUGGCUGGUGUCACUCAUCCUGUGGGCACCACCUAUUCUCUGCUGGCAGUACUUGGUGGGGAAAAGGACUGUCCCCGAGAGGCAAUGCCAGAUCCAGUUUUUCUCUGAGCCUGUGAUAACAUUUGGGACAGCGAUUGCUGCCUUUUACAUCCCUGUUUCAGUCAUGACAAUCCUAUACUGUCGGAUCUACAAGGAGACGGAGAAGAGGACCAAAGAUCUGGCUGAGCUGCAGGGUAUUAACUGUCCCUCAGACACUGGGGUCACCCAGCCUCAGAAGACCAUCAUCAGAUCCUGUUUUAGCUGUAAGUUAAGGUCGACUUCACAUGACAGGAAUCAAGCCUCUUGGUCCUCCUCCAGCAGAAGCAACGCUGCCAAAUCAGCAGCCAACACCAAUGACGAGUGGUCCAAAGCUGGUCAGCUGACCACCUUCAACAGUUACGCCUCCUCCGAGGAUGAGGACAGACCCGUGUCUCCUGGAGGCUUCCAGCCCUCCUUCAGGAACCAGGCCUGUGAGACCAUCAUCAAGAGUGGAGUGGGCAGUGAGAGCGAGCAGCUCAGCAGCUACGACGAGGACAGCUUCUUCCAGACACCACCCAAGAGCAACUCCCAGAAGAGCAGCAAGUGUGUGUCCUACAAGUUCAAGCCUGUGGCCAAAGACGCUCACGUGGAGCACCACAGCAAAAAUGGAGACACCAAGAUGGCGUCCUCGACGUUCUCCUCGGCCGAGUCCAUGAGCGUCCCGUCCACCUCGUCGACGUCCAAGCCCAUAGAUGCCACGCUGAAGAGCCAGAUCACAAAGAGGAAGAGGAUGGUGCUGAUCAAGGAGAGGAAGGCAGCUCAGACGCUCAGCGCCAUCUUGCUGGCCUUCAUCCUAACAUGGACGCCUUAUAACAUCAUGGUGCUCAUUUCCACCUUCUGCUCAGACUGCAUUCCCCUCUCACUCUGGCAUCUGGGCUACUGGCUGUGCUACGUCAACAGCACCGUCAAUCCCAUGUGCUACGCCCUUUGCAACAAGACUUUCCAGAAGACCUUCCGCAUGCUCUUACUUUGCCAGUGGAAGAAGAAAAGGAUCGAGGAGAAACUAUACUGGUAUGGACAAAACCCAGUGGUCAGCUCCAAACUGACAUGAACUAUUGUUUUGUUUUUUUGUUUUUUAAGAUGGUGUAUGAUUAUGGCUGUAAAUUAUAUGUUUGUAUUAAUGAUCUUGGCUUUAUGAACCUGAACUCUUCAUAUUAGAUGAUAUCAAAAUAGAAAAAAAUACUAUAUCGAGGAGCUGGUACGAUUUAUAGUGUUGCUCAUUAAUCAGUAGGUCUGCUAUAGUGUCUGUUAAUUACUGCUCCAACUUUAGAAAUG